AUGGAUUCCAGUCUUCUCCAGGCAAUUGAGGAAAUUGAGAAAUUUUUCCAGCAUCUCUCUGAGCGGCAUACAGAACAGGCAGAAACCCCAGAUGCACCAGAACCAGAGAACUGUAUGCCUCUGACUGCCCGUGCUGAGGAGAGCCAACAUGAGUCAACCCAGAGCAAGACGAUGCCUCCCUUGGGGUCCACAAUGAUGACUUCUGUAUGCACUAACAUCCCUGGGACAGUUCUCACCCAGGACUUAACAAUGCACCCUCUUAAAGCCCUUGAAGACCUAAGUGACACUUAUUCCAUGGGCCAGAAAGUGACUUCCUUUGAUCAGAUAAAACACACAGCAGGCUCCCAGAUGACAGAUGUUACUGACACCCCAAAGUCAUCACCCACUGAUUGCCAGAAGACAACCAUCACUGCAAGCAACAUGACAAUCUCCAGUGAAAGUAGCCAGCUGAACACCCCAAGCAGUGACCAGACCCUCAAUGAGAGUCAGAUACCAGCCCUGCAUGGAGAUCAGAUGAAGACCCUCAGUGAUAACCAGACUCUCUGUGGGGACCAGGUGACCUUCAGUAGUGACCAGACCCUCACUGAUGGUCAUACAGUGACUUCCAGCAGCGAUCAGACCCUCUCUGGGGGCCAAAUGACAACUAGUCUAGACCUCUAUGGAGGGCAAAUGAUGACUUCCAUUGAUAACCAGACCCUCUGUGGGGAGCAGAUGACGACCUCCAGUGGUAACCAGGCCCUCUACGGGAGACAGAUGACGACUUCCACUGGUAACCAGACCCUCUGUGGAGAGCAGAUGACAACUUCCACUGGUAAUCAGGCCCUCUAUGGGGGGCAGAUGACGACCUCCACUGGUAACCAGGCCCUCUAUGGGGGGCAGAUGACGACCUCCACUGGUAACCAGGCCCUCUACGGGGGGCAGAUGACGACCUCCACUAGUAACCAGACCCUCUACGGGGGGCAGAUGACGACCUCCACUAGUAACCAGACCCUCUGUGGAGAGCAGAUGACGACCUCCACUAGUAACCAGACCCUCUGUGGGGAGCAGUUGAUGACCUCCUCUGGUAACCAAGCCCUCUACAGGGAGCAGAUGAUGACCUCCAUUAGUAACCAGACCCUCUGUGGGAGACAGAUGACGACCUCCACUGGUAACCAGACCCUCUAUGGGAGACAGAUGACGACCUCCACUGGUAACCAGACCCUCUAUGGGAGACAGAUGACGACCUCCACUGGUAACCAGACCCUCUGUGGAGAGCAGAUGACAACCUCCACUGGUAACCAGGCCCUCUAUGGGGGGCAGAUGACGACCUCCGCUAGUAACCAGACCCUCUGUGGGAGACAGAUGACGACCUCCACUGGUAACCAGACCCUCUAUGAGAGACAGAUGACGACCUCCACUGGUAACCAGACCCUCUGUGAGGAGCAAGUGACGACCUCCACUGGUAACCAAGCCCUCUACAGGGAGCAGAUGACGACCUCCACUAGUAACCAGACCCUCUGUGGGAGACAGAUGACGACCUCCACUGGUAACCAGACCCUCUAUGGGAGACAGAUGACGACCUCCACUGCUAACCAGACCCUCUGGGGAGAGCAGAUGACAACCUCCACUGGUAACCAGGCCCUCUAUGGGGGGCAGAUGACAACCUCCACUAGUAACCAGACCCUCUGUGGAGAGCAGACGACGACCUCCACUAGUAACCAGACCCUCUGUGGGGAGCAAGUGAUGACCUCCACUGGUAACCAAGCCCUCUGUGGAGGGCAGAUGAUGACCUCCACUGGUAACCAGAACCUCUAUGGGGGGCAGAUGAUGACCUCCACUGGUAACCAGAACCUCUGUGGAGAGCAGGUGACGACCUCCACUGGUAACCAGGCCCUCUAUGGGGGGCAGAUGAUGACCUCCACUGGUAACCAGGCCCUCUACGGGGGGCAGAUGACGACCUCCACUAGUAACCAGACCCUCUGUGGGGAGCAGAUGACGACCUCCACUAGUAACCAGACCCUCUGUGGGGAGCAGAUGAUGACCUCCACUGGUAACCAGAACCUCUGUGGAGAGCAGAUGACAACCUCCACUGGUAACCAGGACCUCUAUGGGGGGCAGAUGACGACCUCCACUAGUAACCAGACCCUCUGUGGGGAGCAGAUGACGACCUCCACUAGUAACCAGACCCUCUGUGGGGAGCAGGUGACGACCUCCACUGGUAACCAGGCCCUCUAUGGGGGGCAGAUGAUGACCUCCACUGGUAACCAGACCCUCUACGGGGGGCAGAUGACGACCUCCACUAGUAACCAGACCUUCUGUGGGGAGCAGGUGACGACCUCCACUGGUAACCAGGCCCUCUACGGGGGGCAGAUGACGACCUCCACUAGUAACCAGACCCUCUGUGGAGAGCAGAUGACGACCUCCACUAGUAACCAGACCCUCUGUGGGGAGCAGGUGACGACCUCCACUGGUAACCAAGCCCUCUACGGGGGGCAGAUGACGACCUCCACUGGUAACCAGGCCCUCUACGGGGGGCAGAUGACAACCUCUGCUAGUAACCAGACCCUCUGUGGAGAGCAGAUGACGACCUCCACUAGUAACCAGACCCUCUGUGAGGAGCAGGUGAUGACCUCCACUGGUAACCAGAACCUCUACGGGGGGCAGAAUAUGACCUCCACUGAUAACCAGGCCCUCUAUGGAGGCCAGAUGGCAACAUAUAGUGGCAACUGGACCCUCUAUGGGGACCAGAUGCUGACUCUUCAGGUGGGCAAUAUGACAACGCUCACUGAUGACCACAGCCUUUAUGGGGGAUAUAUGAUGUCCCAUCAGUUCUCAUCAUUGCCAUACCCAGGAUUCCUAUGCUUUUCAAGUUCCCAUUUGAUUGAAGGACAACUCCCAAAACAGAAGACACAGAGCUGCCAGUUCUGGAAGAAUCCUGAGGUUUCAAGGCCCUAUGUCUGCACUUACGAGGACUGCAAGAUGUCUUAUGGAAAGGCUUGCCACCUCCGAACCCACAUGCGCAAGCACACCGGGGAGAAGCCCUAUGUAUGCGAUGUAGAGGGAUGUACGUGGAAAUUUGCCCGCUCAGAUGAGCUCAACAGACACAAGAAAAGGCACACUGGGGAAAGGCCCUACCUGUGUUCAAUAUGCAGCAAGAAUUUUGCAAGAUCUGAUCACCUAAAGCAGCAUGCAAAGGUCCACAACAUUCGCCCAGGAUUAUGAACCCUUCAGCCCAUGUGGAAAUGUGUACAGCUAAAAGAUUCUCCCUAUUGAGUUUGUUUCCCUUGAACAAGCUCCCCUAUUUCCCUAUGCCAGUAGCUAGUAGGUGCUUAAUAUUAUGCAUAAGUUUUCUAAAAUAUACAAAAAAAGUAGGUAUGCGUUUUCAUGUGAAAACUGGAUGACUUUCAACUUGAAACCAGAAGCACUCUUCAUUCAUUCCCCUCUCUCAGGGUAAUGGCUUUUAUCAGCAUGCUGUGAAUCCUUCUAGAUCUUACUCUGUAUUUACCUGUAUGUGUACUUUUAAAAACGUAUCUAUGUAGGUGAUUGAGAUUGAUAUGUGUAUAGCUCAGAGGGUAAAGAAUGAAACUUUUUUUGUGUGUAGCUGAGUCCAUGUUUCUUUGGAGCUUCAUUCCUAUGAGGUGAAAAGGAGGGGACGCUCAGUCACGUCCAGUGUAAAGUGGUCUCAGGUUAAAUGGACUUUGCUUAGAAGAGUACUUAGCCUAUUCAAAGGUUCAACCUCAGGCAGGUGUGGUGGCUCACGCCUGUAAUCCUAGCACUUUGGGAGGCCAAGGUGGGCAGAUUGCUUGAGCCUGGGAGUUCUAGACUAGCCUGGGCAACGUGGCGAAACUCUGUCUCUACAAAAAAAAAAAUACAAAAAUUAGCCGGGUGUGGUGGUGCAUGCCUGUAGUCCCAGCUACUUGGGAGGCUGAGCUGGGAGGAUCACUUGAGCUCAGUAGUUGGAGUUGCAGUGAGCUAUAUUCACACCACUUCACUCCAGUCUGGGCGACAUAGCGAGACCCUGUCUCAAAAAAAAAAAAAAAAAAAAGGAUAUUGUGUAAUAUUAUAUAUGAAAUAUAUUGAAUAAGAUAUUUAAGUUAUAAGUAGAAAAAAUGAGCACCUGUAAGAGCUCAUCACCCAGUGUCAUGCAAUCAGGUGCUGAGAUGGCCAAUCG